AUGUAUUCCAAGCAAGCCUUGGUCUGUUCACCGGCUCGUAGUCAGGAUGCUCUCCAGUCCCAUACGAUGACUUUCUCAUUCGCCUCACUCCACUCCAAUUGCCUGUUCCUCGUGGAGCCAAAUCCCUCCAAGUCUGGAUGCCGGACUGGGCUCGAACACCCGAAAUUCAGAGGGCGGAAGGGCCAGUUGGCAAUGUACCUGACGUGCUGGAAGGACAUCUUCUCACCUGAAAAUUUCAGUCGAAUUGCCCCACCACGGGCGGCUCCCAAGGGAAUAUUCCACAAGUUGCUGGCCACACAAAUUAGCCAUCUCCUCCGACUAAGGAUAAUUCAAGAAGCUACAGUUGUUGGAAGAAAGGCUUUUGCGUCGCUUACACGGGCGGAAUUCAAGGAACUGCGGGAAACGGGAGAAAUUCCUCACCGAGAUGCCGUAGCUGUCGUGGUCGCUCCUCCAGUUAAUAGGGAUCGGAUCACGAAAAAUAAGCCGGCUGCUUCGAUCGAACCUGAAGUUCCGUCCGACGACCAGCUUGCACCAUCCGCAUCAGAUUUCCACCGCGAAGCCUGGUGUCCGACUGCACAAGUCCCACUUUAUAAUGGGUUAACUAUGUUCCCAUCUGCACCACAAAGGGCCAUGCUACAUAAAGCACUAUGCAAGGUUUUGAAUGCAGAGAGGCGCAGUCGGUUGGGGCAAUCAUCAACCAGUUCAGACGACAACCGGCGAAAAGAAUCGACACCCGGCUUGCGAAAGAAGGAAGCCAUGCAUUCCUUCUCAUUUCGAAUGAGCGCACUGUUAAACGCUGCGGACUCUGCUGCAUUGGCCAUUGCCCUGUGGAGACUGCGGAUGUGGGAAGGCGAUGCAUACCAAGGUCUGGUUUGUAGCGGUGGCUGGGAGGUGGAUGGGGAGUGGCGGAUGAAUUACUUGCAAGAGAAACCUGUGAUCAAGCGCAUCGUAAUGAAGGGAUACAUUAGUUCUCUAUAUUACGCGUUCUUACUCGACGGUCAUGAGUACAGGCGGGCAGCACUUCGCGGCCUUCCCAGAACUUGGGGAGUUGGUCGCCUGGCACGAGUGUCUUUUUACACUAUUUUCGGUGGUGACACGCAUACGUACGACGCCUUCGGACGAGCCGUCUCGUUUUAUGGCAAGGGCGAGUGCCGCCAGGAAUGUAGCAUCGCAGUAAUCAUAGACGAUCAGUCUAUCGGCGUCGGGCGACGUGUGGUGUUAGAAGACGGUUUGCAUUGGCACAUGGGUCAACGGUAUGGCUUUUACGAGUCAUGA